AUGGAGACGCCCUCAUCCUUCAUGGAGUUGAGCACGAUGGAAAUGGCGGAGGGGCAAAAGUUUGAGGAUUACGCCACGAAUUGGCUUUCAGAAGUAGCAAAACAUUUUCCUCCAAUCUGCGAAGCGCAGCAAAUUCAAAUGUUUUAUGGGACUCUCAAGGGGGCCUACUACUCUCACCUCAUGGGCCACAAGUCUCCUUUCUCGGAGAUGAUUAUGGCCGGGAAGCAGGUAGACCUGGGCGUCAAACUUGGAAGGUUAGAGGGUCCGACAAAGAAGGGGGAAGGAGAGUCCUCGAGGAAGACCGCGGUCGCAGCAGCCCCAACUAACAGCAGAAGGGGAAAGGAGGUUUCAGUCAAUGCAGUCAAUUUAGGGCACCCGGGAUCUCAACAGUACUCGGUGAACUUCACACCUACGCCACCUGCCACUCCCGCAUAUGCUCCGCCGAUCGUGCACUAUCAACCUCAACACCCCGUUCAACCGAUUUACUAUUCAGCCCCGCCGGCCCCGCAACAAAUUGUCCACCACUACCCCUCUGCUUCGACCCCACAGUAUAGGCCCCCGGCUUUGAGAGCUCCUCAGCCGCAACUAUUGGAGGGUAACAUGAUCCGACCCACGAUUCUGGGUCCUAACUUCAUUUCGACAAACCAGGAUCAGAGCCUACACUGUGAGUACCACUCAGGUGCUCCCGAGCACACCACCGACAACUGUUGGAAAUUACGGGAAGAGGUCCAGAAGCUGAUCAAUGCCAAAAAGAUCUCGUUCAAUGCCAUUAGGCCCCCAAAUGUGCAAGCCAAUCCUCUCCUUGAUCACGGGUCGAGCUCAGGACCCACCAUCAAUAUGAUCAAUGUCUGUACUAUGAGAGAGGACGAAAGCCAACAAGAGGACCCCGCUCCGUUUGUAAUCGAGUAUGUUCCCGCGAAAGCCACUGUAGGGUUCACGGGGUCUAGCGUCGCGCCCGCCCCGUUCAUAAUAGAAGUCCCUGCUCGAGAGCCGUACCGGGACAGCAAGGUCCUUUGGACCUAUGAGGGAAGUUUCGGGAACCUUGAGCAGCAGUUCAGUAUCAUGGGCGUGACACACUCGGGUCGGGUGUACGAGAACUCGGAGACUAUAGGCAAAGGAAAGGCUCCCGUUGCAUCCGGAGCUGCUCCGGAAGUCUCGCCUAUCCUGCAGAAGAAAGUGACCGAAGAAGAAGCCGAGGCUCUCAUGAAAGUGAUCAAGAAGAGCGAGUACAAGGUAGUAGAACAAAUGGGUAAGUUUCAAGCUCAUAUUUCGCUACUUGCUCUCCUCUUGAGUUCGGAGCCAUACCGAGAAGCCCUCCUACGAGUCCUUACCACAGCACAGGUUCCCAAGAAGACAGCCCCGGAUCGGAUUGAAGAGACCGUCAGCUCGAUUUUCUCCAAUGCCAUCUCAUUUUCAGAUGACGAGCUCCCCUCCGAGGAAUGGGCACACUCAAGGGCGUUGCACAUCGUUUGCAAGUGCAACAAUUUCGUCAUUGGCCGGGUCAUGAUCGACAACGGUUCCGCCCUUAAUGUUUGCCCAGUGUCCACGUUGAAGCAAAUGAAUGUGGACCUUAACCGCGUCCGCCUGAGCAAAACCGCGGUCCUUGACAUCCCGAAUGCUUUUAGCCUACUACUCGGGAGACCUUGGAUCCACUCAGCUGGAGCCGUUCCCUCGUCCCUGCUCCAAAGGAUCAAAUUCAUCGCCGAGGGUCGGCUCAUCACGGUCAAGGGAGAGGAAGACUACGCCAUCUACAAAGAAACGGCUGUCCCCUAUAUUAGCAUCGGGGACGACGAGAAUCUCCCAUUCCAUUCAUUCGAGACCAUCUCCAUCAUUCGGGAUUAUGGAGAGAGACAGGGGAUCAAUCGCCCCAUCGAGAUCGAAGAGUACAAGAACAGGAGGGGACUCGGUUUUCGCCCAUCCUGCCACGAGAUUAUCGAGGCCCGUAGGGGCAAACACCUCCACUGUCUCGCCGCGCAUUACGGGAAGGUCAACAUGGGCAUCCUGGUUCUCCCACUCUCUCACUUUUUUCCUGCACCGCCGCAUAUCGUCGGAGGUACUCUUGACGGCCCCUCCUCGGUUUCAGACGUCGAGCCUGUCGAUCUGUCAACCAUAUGUGCCGUCACCGAGGAGACUCCUUUAGGGGUCCAUAUCCUCCUUGUACAGGAGAAUGAGGAGCUCAACAAUUGGACUUCAGUUCCGCGCUACUCAGCUGUAAUUGCCGAUGUGUAA